AGCAGCAGCGAGAGCGAGCAGCGCGGCAGCCCUGUGCGCGGCGGGGCCGCCGACGGCGGGGCCUGCGGGGCGCGCACCAGAUAUGGCCCGAGCCUGGAGCGGUCGGGCGCCGAGAGCGACCCGCGCGUUCCCGACGGAGCGCACAACUAA